UGGCGGCCGGGCGGCCGCCGUAGGCGACAUGGGGCUUCCCGGCCUCGGGGCGCUGCUGCUGCUGCUGUUGGCGGCUCCCUGCCCCGGGCAGCGGGCCGGGGACUCCGUCUUUCAGCCUUCAUUUAUCCAUAUGUCAGGGCCCAGAGUCAAUUCAUUUUUUCUUGGAAAUUCUUCAGGAGUUACUUUUUCUGUAAUUUUAAGUCCUGGAAAUGAAGAGACAGGAAAAUUGCAAGUUGCAAAUUGCAGUGGAAGUAAAAGAGCUGGUGAUUGGAAUUUGGAUGUAACACCUGGUAUGAACACUUCCAAAGUGACUGUAAGCUUGACCAGAAACCUGGAGUUGUGUUUGCCCAAUGCCACUGACUGCUGCCCCUCACCUCUCUGUGUGCUGGAAACACUCCAGGUUUUAGCUUGCCGUGGUUCAGUGAGGCUGGCACAGCUCCUGAUUCAAGCUGAAAUAUUUGCCAACUCUUCCUUUGCAGGAAAUGUCUCAGAAAAUGCAACUAUCAUCCCAAACCAGGCCUUUCAGCCCUUAGGCUCUUGUCCUUGUAACUUAACAGCUGGAGCUUGUGAUGUUCGUUGUUGCUGUGAUCUGGAGUGUACACCAGACUUGAAGCAGUUAUUCAAUGGAUCAUGUUUCACUGGGGUGUUUGGUGGGGAUGUAAACCCACCUUUUGAUCAGCUGUGCUCUUCCCAGUCAAUGGAAUACACCCCUGAGUGGUUUCCCUUCCUUUGUGUACAGUCUUCUCUUGACAACACACCAUUUCUUGGCUAUUUUUAUCAUGGCUCUAUUUCUACACCCAAAGUUCCUGCAUUUACAAUCCCUUUACAAACUUCUCCUGGGAGACUUUUCACUGGUUACAGACAAGGAGAUCCAAUUAUAACUGAAGAAAAUGAAUAUUUUACCAUUCCCCAGCAGUCCCUGGCUGGGCAGUGUGUUGGGAAUGCUCCCGUGGCGUAUCUCCAGGACUUUGAUGUCAAGUGCCUGACCAGUCUGGAGUCUUACAAGGAAGGCCUGCCCCACCAUGUGAGGAUAAACACUGGCACUGCAGACUUCAUCCAACAAAAUGUCACCUAUAGAACCAUCACUGACAGGGGCAAAUUCAUCACUGAAAGUGAAAACCUUCAUCCUGCCGAGGUUCUGUGUCAAAAUGUAACUUUUGCAGAGCAUUAUACAUUCAUUUGCAAAGACAAGAACAUUGAGCAAGUAAAUGUCACAGUCUUCCUUGGAAGCUUGUGUGAUGGAGAAAUACUGACACAGAGAUUCACAGUUGAAUUUCUGAGUUUAAAGAGUACUAAUGGAGAAGAACUGCCUGAGAAUACAGGUUAUCAAGUUGGAAAACCAGUGAGAGCUGCAAAUAUAAAUGCUUCUGAUCCUCUUGGAACCCUAAACAUUUGGCAGCCAGCUGGCAGAGGCUUAUGUGCAUCAGCAACUUAUACACCAGUUUUAUUUGGAGUAGACUCCUACUCUGGGUGCAUUCUGGAAGUUGGGAUUAAUGAAGAUUGCAGCCUUUUAAGAGGAAAUGUAACUGAGAAAUUGAAUUCAUUAAUACAAGCUACUCACAUUGGAAAGAGGGACAAUUCCAGUUACAGUGAUCCAGAUGACUGGGUGGAAAUCAUACGUCUUGAUCCAUUUAAUUCUGAUACCAAUGUGAGCACUGGAAACUUAAAAGGCUUUUGUCCAGAUAUUCCUGCAAACCUGAAUAUUCACAUAAUGUUUGCUGAAGUGGGAGCAGUGCAAGGGAUUCCCCAGCAACAGAUUCUUGCUGUGCAGAUCAGUUACUCAACAGUCCUAUGGCAGUUCCAGUGUGGGCUGAGCUGUGGAAACAGCCUCAGCUUCCUGCCCAUCACAGCUUCUGUUCAGUUCAUUAAAGUCCCAGCUCAGCCACCCGUUCGAAAGACAAGAUACCACAGGAUUUAUGUGGAAUUUGACUGCAAUCAAAAUGACGUGUGCUUGCAACAACUAUUUUAUCCACUGACACGGUUUUACACAGGAGAACCAUAUUCCCAGUGUCUUGCUAAAGGCCUGCUACUGGCAUUUCUUGUUUUACUUGCAGUAAUUAUGAGCAACCCUUGGUUUUCUAAAUUAUGGAACAGAUAGGUAAAAAUUUAUAUAAACAUUUAAAAAUACAUAAAAUCAGUACUUUUACAGUGUACAGAAAAUGGCUGUGUUGUUUAAACCAAAAGUAAUAAAUUAUUUUUAAGCUCCAGACUCUGUGUUUGGAGCAGCAGA